GAAGAAAAAAUAACAUCCGAUUUAAAAAUGGAUGAACAGUAACAAUGCUAAUGGCUCUCAUGUGCCGUCAUAUUUAAAAAAGAAACAUAAAUAAGCAGGAGGAAACUAAUAAUGUCGCUUUCUGCUGCACGCUCCUUCCUGUCCGAGGCCUGCUAUGGCGAGCAAGAACUUGACGCCAAUUCUGCUCUCAUGGAGCUCGACAAAGGCCUGCGGUCGGGCAAGCCUGGGGAGCAGUGUGAGGCUGUGGUUCUCUUCCCGAAGCUCUUCCUCAAAUACCCUUUCCCCAUCCUCAUUAACUCUGCCUUCCUGAAACUGGCAGACAUCUUCAGACUUGGGAAUAACUUUCUUCGCCUCUGCGUACUUAAAGUAACGCAGCAGAGUGAGAAACACCUGGAAAAGAUCCUGAACGUGGAUGAAUUUGUCAAAAGGGUGUUUUCUGUCAUCCACAGCAAUGACCCUGUGGCCCGAGCCAUCACUCUGAGGAUGCUCGGCAGCUUGGCUUCCAUCAUCCCGGAGAGGAAAAACGCCCAUCACAGUAUUCGGCAAAGUCUGGACUCUCAUGACAACGUGGAAGUGGAAGCCGCUAUAUUUGCUGCAGCCAGUUUUUCUGCACAGUCCAAAGACUUUGCCGCCGGAAUCUGCAACAAAGUCAGUGAGAUGAUUCAAGGUUUGGACACCCCGGUGGACUUGAAGCUGAAGUUGAUCCCCAUGAUGCAGCACAUGCAUCACGACGCCAGUCUGGCAUCCAGCAGCCGAGAACUUCUGCAGAACCUGGUGGCCUCUUACCCGUCCACUCCCAUGGUCAUCGUCACUCUGCACACUUUCACCCAGCUGGCCGCCUCCUCCCUCAUUGAUAUACCCAAGCAGUUGCAGCUCCUCCUUCAAUACCUCAAGGACGACCCACGGAAGGCCGUCAAGAGACUUGCAAUCAACGAUUUAAAGCUCCUGGCGAAAAAGGCUCCUCAUCUUUGGAUUCGAGAAAACACUCAGAGCCUGUGUGAGUGUGCACUGAGCAGCCCUUACAUUAGUUUGAAGCUGGGAAUGUUAGCCGUGCUGUCCACUCUCUCUGAAACCAUCGCAAUAAAGCAGUACUUGACUCAUACCUCAGGCAGCGCCUCCUCCACUCCCAGCCUUACCGACCUGGUGAAAUUGGCACAGGAAUGCUGUUACCAUAGCAACCUGGCUGUCGCUGCUCAUGGCAUUAUAGUGCUCUCCAAUAUUGUCAUUUCCUGUCCAGAAAAAGAAGUCGCCCACCUGGAGCAGGAUACGUUGUUGGGGGUGCAGUCCCUGCUGAUGCUGUGCAGUCAAGACAACAGUGCCAGUGCCCAGGCGACACUCAAAACAACCCUCACCUCUUUGGUCAAGCUGCUGAAGGGCCGACCCCACCUGAGCCAACCCACUGUGGAGUUCCUGCUGGGUCAACUCCACUUGUCCUGUGACUCCUCCCGCGUUCUCAUGUGUCACGCUCUGGCCGCCAUCGCCACCCACCUGCCCGUGUUGGGCGACAGCAUGCUGGGAGAUCUGGUGGACCUCUACGGAGUGUCCGGGCACUCGUCCACUGACCAACAGCAAGAGCUUCUGGUUUCCAUGGCAACAGUGAUUUUUGUAGCCAGCCAGUCGUCUUUGUCAGCGGAAGUAAAGAUGGUCAUCAAGAUGCAGCUCGAGAGCUUCGCCAACGGUUGGACUGUAUACCGCAUCGCCCGCCAAGCUUCUCGUAUGGGCUGCCACCAGCUCUCCAGCGAGCUCUACCAGAGCCUGCGGACCCGCGUGGCAUCGGAGCACUUCUACUUCUGGCUGAACAGCCUGAAGGAGUUUUCCCAGGCCGAGCAGUGCUUGACACACAUGGAGGACGGCGACUACAGCGGGGCCAUGAGCGCCAUCACCGAGGCCCUGCGCUCCUACCAAAAGGGCAUCGCUUCCCUCACCGCGGCCAGCACUCCUCUAAAUCCACUUACGUUCCAGUGCGACUUCAUUAAGCUGCGGAUCGACACCCUGCAAGCUCUGUCCCAGCUCAUCUGUACCUGCAACAGUCUCAAGACCAGCCCGCCGCCCGCCAUCGCCACCUCCAUCGCCCUGAGCUCGGGCAACGACCUGCAGCGCUGCGGCCGCAUCUCCAUACAGAUGAAAGUUUGCAUGAACGAGUUCAAAAGCCUGGCCGCUCGCUACGCUGAGUUGCACCAGUCGUCGUUUGACGCCGACUACGCCACCCUCCGCAAUGUGGAGCUGCAACAACAGAGCUGCCUGCUGGUCUCUCACGUCAUCCAGGCUCUGGUUUUGGACCCGCAGACAGUCAGUUAUCAAGAGUACGGCCCCCUGGGCUCGGUUCAGCCCGAGAGCGAAUACGAGCGACGCAUGAUGUCGGUCUUCACCCAUGUGCUUGAGGAAGUGGAGACCCUCAACAAGAAGCAUCCUCCUGUGUCAUACCUGCAUACAGGUUGUCUUUGUGACACCAUCAUAGCUCUGCUCAAGGUCCCACUUUCCUUCCAGAGGUACUUCUUCCAGAAGCUUCAGUCGACCAGCAUCAAGCUGGCUCUCUCUCCAUCCCCGCGAACACCAAACGAGCCCAUCACGGUGCAGAACAAUCAGCAGCUGACCCUAAAGGUGGAGGGGGUGGUUCAGCACGGCACAAGUCCAGGGCUCUUCAGGAAGAUCCAGUCCGUCUGUCUCAAUGUCACAUCCACUCUGCAGAGCAAGUCAGGAUCAGACUACAAGAUUCCUCUGGACAGCACCACCAAUGAGAUCGAGCAGCGGGUAGAACCUCACAACGACUACUUCAGCACGCAGUUCCUGCUCAACUUCUCCAUCCUGGGAACACACGCCGUGACCUUGGAGGCCUCCGUGGUGGACGAGAGCGGCAUCGAGUGGAAGACGGGGCCCAAGACGACACUGUCGGUCAAGUCCCUGGAGGACCCUUACUCCCAGCAGCUCCGUCACCAAAUGCAGCAGGCUGCCGCUCAGCCCGCUUCUCAGAGGGGGGCUUACAGUCGAUUCUAACUUACACGGCUUUCAGGUUUGUAAUGUACUCGACUUAUCUGGUUGUAAAUACUUCUCAUUAAAGGCCUACUGAAAUGA